CGUAGGGACCUCGCGCAUAAAAAGUCCGAGUGAGCUCCCCAUUUCACAUCAAGCAGCAGCCUGAGUAUUGAUCCAUGGACAAGAUGACAGAUGGGUCAUCGUCUUCCUUCUUUCCUGAUUUUGGGCUGCUCUUGUAUUUGGAGGAGCUAAACAAAGAGGAAUUGAAUAAAUUCAAGUUACUUCUAAAGAAUGAGACCAUGGAAUCCGGGUGCUGCCAGAUACCCUGGGCUGAGGUGAAGAAGGCCAAGCGAGAGGACUUGGCUAAUUUGAUGAACAAAUAUUAUCCGGGGGAACAAGCCUGGGAUGUGGCUCUCAAAAUCUUUGGCAAGAUGAACCUGAAGGAUCUGUGUGAGAGAGCAAGAGCAGAGAUCAACUGGACAGCCCAUUCCCUGGGACCAGAGGAUGCCAGGACACAAGAGGAACAAGAUGAGCAGGAGGCAGUGCAGGGUGAUGGAACAGAAUACAGAACCCAAGUAACAGAAAAAUAUUGUAUCACGUGGGAUAAAAAGUGUUUAUUUGGAGAACCUGAAGAUUUCCAUCCUGGAGUUGCUCAGAAAGAUCAAGAACUGUUGGAACAUCUGUUUGACGUGGAUGUGAAAACCGGUGAGCAGCCACAGACAGUGGUGCUCCAGGGGCCUGCUGGAGUUGGGAAAACAACCUUGGUGAGAAAAGCAGUGGUAGAUUGGGCCCAGGGAAAUCUCUACCAGCAGAGGUUUAGCUAUGUUUUUUAUCUCAAUGCAAGAGAAAUCAACCAGUUGAGAGAACGAAGUUUUGUUCAAAUGAUAUCAAAGGACUGGCCCAGCACAGAAGGCCCCAUUGAAAGGAUCAUGUCCCAGCCCAGCAGUCUCCUUUUUAUUAUUGAUAGUUUUGAUGAGCUGAACUUCGCCUUUGAGGAACCUGAGUCUGUGCUGUGUGAGGACUGGACCCAGGUACACCCAGUGUCCUUCCUUCUCAGUAGUCUGCUGAGGAAAGUGAUGCUCCCUGAGUCCUCCUUAUUGGUGACAACAAGACUCACAGCUUGUAAGAAACUGAAGCCUCUCUUGAAGAAUCCGCAUUCUGUAGAGCUGCUAGGUAUGUCUAAGGGUGCAAGAGAGGAGUAUAUUUACCAAUGUUUUGAAGACCAGAAGAGAGCUUUGCAAGUAUUCAAUUCACUAAGAAGCAAUGAGAUGGUUUUUAGCAUGUGUAAAGUCCCCCUAGUGUGCUGGCUUCUUUGUACCUGUCUGGAGCAGCAAAUGGAGAAGGGUGGUGACAUCACGUUAACCUGCAAAACAACAACAGCUCUGUUUAUCUGCUAUAUCUCUAGCUUGUUCCCACCAGUAGAUGGAAACAGUCCUAGUCUACCCAGCCAAACCCAACUGAGCAGCCUGUGCCACUUGGCUGCCAAAGGAGUGUAGACCAUGACAUCUGUAUUUUACAGGGAGAAUCUCAGAAAGCAUGGCUUAUCUAAAUCGGAUGUGUCGAUUUUCCUGGACCUCAAUAUUCUUCAAAAGGACAUGGAGUAUGAAAAUUGCUACAUGUUCACCCACCUGCACGUUCAGGAGUUUCUUGCAGCUAUGUUCUAUAUGUUGCAAGACAGCUGGGGAACCAAGAACAGUUCCUUUCAGUCUUUUGAAGACUUGAAGCUGUUGCUUGAAAGCAACAGUUAUAAAGACCCCCAUCUGACACAGAUGAAAUGCUUUUUGUUUGGCCUUUUGAAUGAAGAUCGAGUAAAACAAUUGGAGAAAACUUUUAACUGUAAAAUGUCACUAGAGAUAAAAUGGAAGAUACUUCAGUGGCUGGAGAUGAUGGGGAACAGUGAAGAUUUUCCAGCGCAGGUGGAAUUUCUGGAGUUGUUUUUCUAUCUGUAUGAGACUCAAGAUGAAGCUUAUAUAAGCCAGGCAAUGAGCUAUUUCCAAAAUAUUGUCAUUAAUAUUUGUGGGAAAAUCCAUUUGCUUGUAUCUUCAUUCUGCCUUAAGCACUGCCAAUGUUUACGGACCAUGAAACUGUCGAUAACCAUGGUAUUUGAGAAGAUGUUAAACUCAAACCCCCUAGCUGAAAUUUGGCGAAGGGAUGGUGGUCAUAUUACUCAUUGCUGGCAAGAUCUCUGUUCAGUGCUUCAUACAAAUGAACACUUGAGAGAAUUGGACCUGUGUCAUAGCAACCUCAAUGAAUUAGCCAUGAAGACUUUUUAUCAGGAACUGAGGCAUCCAAGCUGUAAACUACAAAAGCUAUUGAUGAGAUUUCUUUCUUUCCCUGAUGGUUGUCGGGAUAUUGCUAGUUCCUUGACUCACAACCAGAAUCUGAUGCAUCUCGACCUGAAAGGGAGUGAUGUAGGGGACAAUGGAGUAAAGUCCUUGUGUGAAGCCUUGAAAAACCCAGAGUGUAAACUACAGAAUCUGAGCUUAGAAAGCUGUGGCCUCACAGUAGCUGGUUGUGAGGAUCUUUCUUUGGCUCUCAUCAGCAACAAAAGGUUGACACAUUUGUGCUUGGCAGACAACAUCUUGGGAGAUGAUGGAGUAAAGCUUGUGAGUGAUGCCUUGAAACAUCCACAGUGCAAUCUCCAGAGCCUUGUGCUGAGGCGUUGCCACUUCACCUCACUGAGCGGUCAACAUCUCUCCUCUUCUCUCCUAUGCAACAAGAGCCUGACACAUCUGGAUCUGGGGUCCAACUGGCUACAAGAUGAUGGAGUAAAGCUUCUGUGCGAUGUCUUUCGGCAUCCCAGCUGUAACCUUCAGGACCUGGGAUUGAUGGGCUGUGCACUCACUAGUAUGUGUUGUCUGGAUUUGGCUUCUGCUAUUCUGAACAACCCACACCUGCAGAGCCUGGACCUUGGGAACAAUGACCUGCAGGAUGAUGGAGUCAAAAUUCUGUACGAAGCUUUGAGACAUCCAAACUGCAAUAUUCAGAGGCUUGGGUUGGAAUAUUGUGGUUUGACCUCCCUGUGUUGUCAGGAUCUCUCCUCUACUCUUAGAAGGAACCAAAACCUGAUAAAAAUAAACCUGACACAGAACACUUUAGGGUAUGAAGGAAUUAUGAAGUUAUGUGAAGUCCUGAGAUCUCCUGAAUGUAAACUGAAAGUUCUGGGGGUGUGCAAAGAGGCAUUUGAUGAGGAAGCCCAGAAACUGCUGGAAGCUGUGCGAGUUAGCAAUCCACAGCUCAUCAUUGAGCGGGAUUGUAAUGAUCACAGUGAUGAAGAUGUUUCCUGGUGGCGGUGUCCCUGAUUUGAAGAACCUGAUGUACUUUUCAAAAGUAAAAUGCCUCAGUGUGAUGAGGGAAUCUUAGCUUUAGAUGCUUUAUGCCCAGACGUACUGUGUUUGAUGUCUGUUAGA